UCUCUCUCUCUCUCUCUCUCUCUAUCCUACUGAUGAUUUGCUGAUAUAAAAUUUGUCUCUCGACAGCCUUUCGAGCUUUCAAAUCCCUCUCUUCAUUUCUCUCUCCAGUUUCUCUCUCUACUGCAACUGUCUUUACCGUUUCGAUUCUUCAAGAAACCCUAUCUAUUAGUAGUAUUCAAUUCAAAAGCGGUUUUACACAGUUCCUUCGAUUCUUGAAAACAUAUUUUCCUUAGCUGGAAAAUUGUUAUUGGAUUUUCUUGGAUACUUUUUAACAAAGUCUUGGACUGUGCUUGGUGGUGUUGUGUGCCGUGUUUUAGGAGAUUCUCAAGGUUGUUGACUUCUGAGAGAGGAUGAAGAUCGGUGAAGAAGAUGAGCGAGAAUCGUCGCUCUUCGCUAUAAUUUAUGAAGAUUGAAAGACUUCUUGAGAUUUUGAUACUUGAUCAUUUCUAGGGUUUAUGAUGCGUUUCUCUUAUCGCUCUCACACGACUAGGUGUUUGAAGUAGGGUUUGAUUUGAACUCGUAUACUGGAACCAUUGAAGUUUAUCGUGAUAAUAUUUGGCCCAUCUGGUGGAAUAGUUAACAGGAUUAACCAGGUAGGCGUUGGAGAACUAUAUUAAAUAAAGCAGUAUGGGCACAAAAGAUUGUCUUAAUACUACGGACUCUCCUAAAGUUCUAGUUGGAGAGAUAGACACCAGGGCACCAUUUCAAUCUGUCAAAGAUGCUGUCACUUUAUUUGGUGAAGGCACUUUUUCUGGGGAAAAAUUUCCCAUUAAGAAGGCAAAACCUCAUUCUGCAGAGAGGGUAUUGGCGAAAGAGACACAGCUUCAUUUGUCCCAAAAAGAAUUAAAUAAAUUGAAGGAACAACUGAAGAAUGCUGAAACUACGAAGACCCAAUCACUUCUAGAGCUUGAAAAGGCUAGAAAAACAGUUGAGGAUCUAACGCAAAAGCUUAAAACUGUUAUUGAGUCAAAGGAAUCUGCAAUUAAAGCAACUGAAGCUGCAAAGAGUCAAGCAAAGCAACUUGAAGAAGCAAACAGUGGUGAUCCUGCACGAACUGACGGUGCCUGGAAACAGGACUUAGAAAGUGCUAGAGAACAGUACAUGGUUGCACUCACUGAACUCGACACUGCAAAACAAGAGCUAAGGCAAAUCCGUCAGGAUUGUGAUGCAUCCCUGGAAGCAAAAGCUACAGCUUUCGAGCAAGUAACAGAAGCUGAGCACGCAGCCAAAACGAACAUGGAAAGAGCUGGUGAGAUUUCGAAAGAAAUUACUGCUUUACAGGAGUCAAUAGGUCAGGUGAAGCUUGCAACACUGCAGGCCCACCAAGAGCAAACAGAGAUAUAUUCUAAGAAGGAUGUUCAAAAGCAGUCAUAUAAAGCUACUCUUGAAGAGUCUGCAAAGAAAUUGCUUCUGCUGAAAAAAGAGUGUGAUCCUGAAGUCACAAAAAAUCUUGAGGUCCAGCUGGCUGAAACAUUGACUGAGAUUGGAUCUAUUCGAAAAGAUAUUGAAUGUGCAAAGGCUUCAGAUCUUGAUUCUUUGAGGACUGUCACUUCCGAGCUGGACGAUGCUAAGGAGUCGUUGCAUAAAGUAGCUGAAGAGGAAAAGUCCCUUCAAAGCUUGCUGGAGUCUCUGAAGCUGGACUUGGAGAAUGAGAAGAGAGAGCAUUCUGAAUUGAAGGAGAAAGAAGCAGAAACGGAAUCCAUUGCAGGGAAUUUGCACGUUGAGCUCCGGAAAAGUGAGUCUGUGCUUGAAGCAGCCAUUGCAGAAGAAUCCAAAGUAAGAGGUGCUUUAGAAGAAAUGAUCUCGACGCUCAACCAGCUAUCAUCAGAAAGGGAAAAUGCCAAACAUGAAGCAGAAGAGAUGAAGAAGAAUGCAGAAGAGCUGAAGAAGGAAGCUGAAGCCACCAGAAUUGCACUAGAAGAAGCAGAGAAGAAGCUAAGAGUUGCACUGGAGGAAGCUGAAGAAGCAAAAGCAGCCGAGGGAAGGGCCGUUGAUCAGAUUAAGAUCUUGUCGGAGAGAACGAAUGCAGCACGUGCAUCAACCUCCGAAUCUGAUGUCCAAAUCACAAUCUCAAGAGAAGAAUUCGAGUCAUUGAACAGGAAAGUUGAGGAAUCUGACAAACUAGCGGAAAUGAAAGUAGCUGCUGCAAUGGCUCAGGCAGAAGCUGUAAAAGCCAGUGAAAAUGAAGCCCUCAAUAGGUUGGAGGCAACACAAAAGGAGAUUGAUGAUAUAAAAGCUGCAACUCAGGAGGCAUUGAAGAGGGCCGAGAUGGCUGAGGCAGCCAAGAAGGCAGUCGAGGGGGAGCUUCGAAGGUGGCGUGAACGAGAGCAAAAGAAGGCGGCUGAAGCUGCAUCCCGAAUUCUGGCAGAAACAGAAAUGUUGUCAGCAUCAUCCCCCGUUAACUACCAUACUGAAAAGCAGAAUCCACCAGAAAAGGUCAUUGAAACCCGAAAGUAUGAAAAAGAAAGAACUUAUACUUCUAAGAAAGUACUUUUGCCUAAUCUUAGCGGCAUCUUUCAGAGGAAGAAGAACCAAGUUGAGGGUGGGUCACCAUCGUAUCUGCCUGUUGAAAAGCAGCAGCUUGUGUGAUGCUUGUGUUUGUGAAACUUCUGUGCUACUAAGAUGGUUGAGAGAAACCCUGUUAAUACCUUGGUUUUUGAAUCAGUUUUCUGUUCUUUUUGGGUCUGUUUGGGUAGGGAUAUUGAAUUUCAUGGGUAGAAGUGGAAGGAAGUGUAAGAAGAUUGAUUUUGUAUGAAUAAACUAGUAGUUGGUUUGAGUUUGUUUUA